AUGAAGGAGAUCAGAGAAAUCAGCCCCUCUACCAUUGUACGAUUUUUCAAAAUCGACCUCAUGUCUUGUGCGUCGGUGCGAGCUGCGGCGGCAGAGAUCAAUUCGUCUAUCUCCAAGGUUGACGUCCUCAUUAAUAACGCAGGCAUCAUGGGUGCCAAGUUUUCUCUGACUCCUGAAAACGUUGAAAGUCAUCUGGGUGCAAACCACAUUGGUCAUUUCCUGCUCACCAACCUCCUUGUUCCGAAACUUGAAGCCUCUGGCAGCGGUGCUCGGAUCGUAAAUGUAUCCAGUGCCAUGUACCAGUUCAGUCCAGUCAUGUUCGAUGAUUACAACUUCUCCAACGGCAAGGCUUACAACGCUUGGACAGCUUACGGACAGUCCAAGACAGCAAACAUCUUAUUUGCCGUUGCAUUGGCCAGGAAAUUGGAGAAAAUGGGAGUAAAGUCCUAUUCAUUGCACCCAGGUGUCAUACAGGCAACGGGUCUGUCGUCUGGAGUCGACCCAGCAGCGUGGUCCAUUGUGGGACCUAUGGUUGAAAGUAAGAUGAUGAAGAUACCGAAGGAAAAGAACAUUGAGCAGGGCUGCGCAACUACACUUGUUGCGGCCCUGGACCCUGCGCUUGAUGGUAACUAUAAUAUUAUUAUUUGCUAA